AUGUGGACUCCAAAAGUACAAAAAUUAGGUCCUCCAAAACAAUUAAAACCUCGUCAAUAUCAUCCAACUUUAGAAUUAUUAGAAACUGAAGCAAAUAAAAAAGCUACUCAAGAAUAUGAUCAAGAUAUAACAAAUUAUUUAUCAAUAAUUGAAAAUAAUUCCAUUGUUAAUUGUUCCAUGAUUGAUUUACAACCAGAAAUUCAAUGGUAUAUGAGACCUUAUUUAUUAGAUUUCAUUGUGGAAAUUCAUCAAUCAUUUAGAUUACAUCCUCAAACAUUAUUCUUAGCCAUAAAUAUCAUUGAUAAAUAUUGCUCUAAGAGAGUUGUUUUCAAAAGACAUUAUCAAUUAGUUGGUUGUACUUCAUUAUGGUUAGCUGCUAAAUAUGAAGAUAAAAAAUCAAGAGUUCCAACUUUAAAAGAAUUAACAAUAAUGUGUAGAAAUGUUUAUGAUCAAGAAAUGUUUGUACAAAUGGAAAGACAUAUUUUAUCAACUUUAGAAUGGAAUUUAACUCAUACUUCAUUAGAAGAUUGUUUACAAAUUUCUUUGAAAAAUUCAUUAAAUUUUAUUACAUCAACUCCAAAAAAAUUUACAAUGAAUAAAUUUAUAUCAUCAUCAGAUCAAUAUGAAAAAAUUACUCAAUUAACAAGAUUUUUCUGUGAAGUUUCAUUAUAUGAACGUAAUUAUUUACAAUUCCCAAGUUCAAUAAUUGCAAUUACAUCACAUUUAUUAGCAAGUAAUAUAAUGAAUUCAAAUUCUGCUUUAGAAUCUUUUAAAAAAUCAAUUAAUGAAUUUUAUGCAAAUGAAUUAAGUGAUGAUGAAACUUUUGAUGAAAAUUUAGAAAAUCUUUAUCCAAAUGUUAUAAAACCUUUCCUUAGUGGAUUUUCUGAUGAAACUAUAAUUCAAAUUCGUCAAAUUACUAUAUUAUUAAUAAAUUCAUUCAAGACGUUAUCACAAGCUUUAAUUAAUAAAUAUAAAACUGAAGAUUUUAAUAUAAUUGAAUUAGUUCAAUCAUUCCUUUCAAAAUAUCAAAUUUUCACAAAUCAAAUCCCAACUUCAAUCCCAACAAUUGAAGAAUAUCAAAUUCCAACUCAAUUAAUUGCAAUAACUGAUUUAUUCCUUGGAUUCUCAACACAAUCACAAUCCCAAUCACAAGCCAAUCAUCAUUAUCAAUCAAACUCAUCAUUAAACUCACCAAUAACUUCACAAUUCACAAAUUUACAAAUCCCUCCACCAUUUGGUACAUUCCAAUCACCAUUAACACCACCAUCAGCAUCAUCCACUAUAUCAUCAAUUUUUUCAAAUGAUCAUCAUUUAUAUCAUAAUUUUUCUUCAACUUCAUUAAAUCCAACUCCAAAUACUUCACCAAUUGAAAGUUCAAUGUAUUCACAAAGUCAAGGAAAUAAUAGUUUUAUUAAAAUUAGAUCAAAUAUUGAUUCUGAUCAUCAAGGGAAUUCUGGGGUUGGUAAUAAAAGAUCAAGAAAUUAUCAUGAUGAAGAAACUGGUAGUAGUCCAUUAGCUCAAAGAUCACAAAAUAAAUUAAAUAUGGUGAUAUGA